UUCAGGGCACCUCGAUGGGCAAGUGUGAACUUAGGAAUAUUCAUUUGCCUGCAAUGUUCAGGAAUUCACCGGAGUCUUGGAGUACAUAUAUCACAGGUGAGAUCCACAACUUUGGAUACUUGGUUGCCCGAUCAAGUUUCUUUUAUGCAAUUAAUGGGUAAUGCGAGGUCAAAUAAGCACUGGGAGGCAGAGUUACCUCCAAAUUUUGACAGAAAUGGAUAUGGAAUCGAGAGAUUUAUUCGUUCGAAGUAUGUGGAGAAAAGAUGGGCUUCAAAGGGUGAACUACUACCAGCUUCAAAGUCAGCUGAAAUAAUCUUUAACCGGAAUGAGUCACCAGCUGCUGGGGCCAAGAGUGCUAUUCAGAAGAAUAGGAGAUUGUCUCUUGAGGAAAGCAUUUUUGUGAAACAUAUGAACCAUGUUCCGCCUCCGAUAAGAUCUCCGACACCAGGAUCUCAGGAGCUGUCUCCUGAUUUGAAAAACAAGCUUUCACCUCUACCAGUAAGGAGGACAUCUGCAUCAUUUGAUUUUGACAACUCCAGAAUGAAGAACAAUGGUUCUGUUGACCAUUUUGGCUUGUUUUCCGCCCCUAAUGCUAAACAGGAAUUCUCAACUACACCUCCUAGCUGGAUAACGUUCGAUUGUAAGACGGAAAUACUUUUAUUGCACAUUUUUUGUUCAAUAUCCUGGCACACUUCGUAUUGGAACUAAUAAGAUGGAUUAUAAAAUUAUUAAAUCAAUAUUCAUG